AUGGCGACCCUCCUUCGUCGCUCCUUGCGCAUAGCGCCUCGCACACUCACCCCACAAAUCACGGCCUACUCGAUCUCGACCAUGGAACACCAUACAGCAAAGCUUGACACAACCUUGACCAGCAAGAUCCAACACUUUCUUGACUCGUCCAACUUCGCCGUCGUCGCCAACUUCAAGGACUUCAAGCCAGCGCAGCCCAAGCCCAACUACCGGAUUGUGGAGUGGUACAUCAACCAUCAGCCCGACAAGGGCGUCACUGCCGUGCACAUAGACAAAAACAAUAACCCAGCAGUCCUGCCAGAGGGCAAGUCGUUGCUUCCCACUGUCGAAUCUUUUGAGAACCUUCAAUCCAAUGUUGCUGGAAUGAGCCCAUCGUCUUUGGAGAACACGAGCGUUAGCAUUGUUAUUAACGCCAAGGAAACGAUCAGAAUCCUCCGUCAAGCUAAAGACAUGAACGCCCGUGCGAUCUGGAUCCAGCCAGGUGCAAUGGGCGAGUACGGUAGCGAUGCUGGCACCCUCGACGCACGUCGGCAAAUCGAAGAGUUCAUCAGCACCUCCGGGUUGGCCGACCGUAUGAUCUGGGGUGGGCCGUGCGUAAUGGUGGAAGGGUUAGAGGUGUUGAGGAAGCGAGGACAGGGUCAGGCUAAGUUCUGA